AUGGUAGACAGUGUGUCGCUCGGCAGCUUGAGCUGGAGCUGGGAGGAUAUUCAAGAUCUUCCAGGUCAAUAUUUAAAUUUAGAAUCCUUACAAGAGCCCGAUUGGGACAACCUCACCCCAACCCUUGUGACACUGGUGGCAGUUGGCGGUGUAUCAUUGGUAGGCAUGACGUUCUGGAAAAGAGUUAAGACGGCCUUAGGCAUGGGCAGCGAAGAAUCAUCAGGUACCGGAAAAAACGAAAUCUAG